UACAUCUGAUUCAGUCGACUUUCCUUUCUUCCUUCCUUCUUUCCUUUUCUCACCCGAACUCUCACCCCCUCCCGCACUCGUUUUUUGGGCUUACUAUCGUCUAUCUACUAUCUGUCGGUGUCCCUUAUCAGGAGUUUUUUGUUGAUCGGAUCGGUCCUUUUCCUGAUCGCCCAGGCUGCUGUCCUGUCGAAUUUUCUCCUUACCUACGCCGUUCAGCCUCUCAAUACCGGCCUAUAUCCCCUAUUGACGCACCGCACAUUUCUUCCUUGACCAGCGCCAUACCCUUGCGUCUGGCCCCUGAGGGUGUGUCUCAGCCGCGGGAAGGGGAUUUACUCCGUUCCCAUACUAUAUCAAUCUACCGAGGACGCUCUGUCCUAGCUGCCCCCCGCGUGGCUCUCCUUAAUUGCGAUUGCCACUGUGACAUCGAUCGCCGUCAUGGCUCCACGAGAUCCCAGCACGCUUCCUUCUAGACGACGCCCCUCCCUCUCCCUCCGCACUCGGCCCCGGACUGCUACAGUAUCGACCGUUCAAACGACCGAAGCAGAACAUGAUAUAUGGCACGGGCUGUCGGUCGUAGAUUCCGGAGAUGAUGAUGAUGAUGGCCAGGUACUGGAGGACAUGAACCAUUUCCCCGAACCUGUUCCUAAGCGCCGCGGGGCCAAGAGCUUCUCUAGCUUACGCCAUCCUGUGGAUGGCCUGCGCGCCUUGGGCCGUCGCCUCUCGGUGACGCUCCGCAGCAAAUCGUCUAGACAUUCAGUGCAACCACAACAUGGGACUACGAGGAAUUCCUGGUGUAACGAAACAAGCAUCGAUCGUCGGUCGUCCCUCAACGGUGUCUCGGGGCUCCAUGAUUUCUAUGCUCACACCGCUGCCGCCGUCCCCGGCUAUGGCCUGGAGCCACCCGUCUUCCCGAACGACAUCUAUGCGGGAGCGGCAGCUCGCGCUGCAGCUGCAGCUCAAAAUGACCAGGCAAGGGCUUUGCGGGAUGGUAUCAAGCUGUCCGAUGCGAAGCUGACCCAGGACUCGGAAAGUGGCAUUGGUAUCGAUUUGCGCGAUCGGUCGGAGCUGUCUGAUCCAGCCCUGGCUAUUCUGCGUAUUGAUCCAGUCGCCUACCUUCCUCCUGAGGUCAUGUCGCAGGUGUUCUCUUACCUUGACCCCGAGUCUCUCAUGCAGUCUGAACUUGUUUCUCAUGCUUGGAGUGAGCAGGCCUCCUCCAGACACAUUUGGCGGCAUGUAUUCCGCCAUGCCUACGGACACCACCUUAGCGGACGUCCACACAAGAAGAGACAGUCUGCGGGUGUGGGUAAGGCCCACCCUAACCAGGACUGGAAGAGGAUGUUCCUUGUUCGACGUGCCUUGGAGCAUCGGUGGAAGGAAGGCAAGGCUGCCGCCAUCUAUCUUCACGGGCACAAGGACAGUGUAUACUGUGCUCAGUUUGAUGAGGACAAAAUCAUCACCGGCUCUCGUGAUCGGACCAUCCGCGUGUGGGACGCCCACUACCCUUGGCCAUGCCGGAAGAUCAUAGGCCCUCCCCCCGGGGAUGUCUCCGGCAUUGGCCCGGUCAACAACUCGGCGCAGCAAUCAGCCGGAAAGCCGCCUUUUCUUACAAUCUAUCCCCCUCCCACGCGCUCUGCGGGGAUCAUGGCUCCAGCUGAACAAAGCGCGGACUACCACAGCGCCUCUAUCCUCUGCCUCCAGUUUGACGAAGAUAUUAUGGUCACUGGAUCGUCUGAUUUUACCUGCAUUGUGUGGGAUAUCAAAAAUGAUUACAAGCCGAUUCGUCGCCUGGUGGGCCACCAGGCGGGGGUGCUGGAUGUCUGCUUUGAUGACCGGUACAUUGUGUCCUGCUCCAAGGAUACUACUAUUUGUGUCUGGGAUCGCCACACCGGAGCCCUUGUCAAGAAGCUCCUUGGCCACCGAGGACCGGUGAAUGCUGUCCAGCUGCGCGGCGAUCUCGUCGUGUCUGCUAGUGGAGACGGCGUCGCCAAGCUCUGGAACAUCACGUCCGGACUGUGUGUCAAGGAGUUUCCAAGCAAGGACCGUGGAUUGGCGUGUGUCGAGUUUAGCGACGAUGCUCGAACCAUCCUGACUGGCGGCAACGAUCAAGUAAUUUAUCAGUUCGACGCCAACACCGGUGAGAUGGUCAAAGAACUGAAGGGUCAUGAGAGCCUGGUUCGGUCGCUGCACCUGGACAGUAUGAACCAGCGAAUUGUCAGUGGUAGCUACGACAUGAGUGUCAAGGUGUUUGACGCUCAGAGCGGAGAGCUAUCCAUUGAUCUUCCGGGCUGGACGACGAGCUGGAUGCUCAGCGUCAAGUCCGAUUAUCGGCGCAUUGUGGCUACCAGCCAAGAUUCUCGCGCUGUUAUAAUGGAUUUUGGAUACGGGUUAGAUGGCAUAGACUUGCUACAAGAGUAAAUCGUCUGGUUAGACCUUGCUAUUAUCUGUUCUGUUUGCAUGGAAAAGUGUUCUUGGCUGCGGAGGAGUUUUUGGAUAUUUGGGUUCUUUUCUUGGGUUAAUUAUCAGGGACAUACAUUUGGCUAGCGAUAGAGAUUUACAUACACUUGCUCUAAUACAUUUGUUCCCCUUGG